AUGGCGGGAGAAUUACGGCGUCCUGAGCACACGCUAAAGUGGGAAAACUUAAAGAAGUCGGCAAGGAAACGCAAUGCAUUGAUAAGACAAAAUAAUUUAAAGACCGGUGGUGGAAAAAUGUACAUCCCUACUGACACAUUUUUCCAUACGAUGGAACCAAUCAUUGAAGCAACCAUUCCAUUCGGAAGUUGGGUUCUCCAAAAUGGCCUUUUUGUAGGCGUCCACAGCUUCUUCAGUAAAGAAACGUCAAAAGCCCUCUGA